CCAGAGCAAAGUGGCUCGACCUGAGGCGGGCAGAGGGAGUGCCCGCUGGGUGUAUAGGAGCAGUCUGACGUAUUGUUAGUGUUAAUGACUUGGAGAAAAAAAACACACUCUGACAACAGCUCAGCAGGCGAGACGAUCGCGACUGAGGAACAUUUUUAUUUUGGAACUUCUUCCCGCUUCCUUCCUCCACCUGUAUGACUGCGUGAAGACAAAAGUGACUCAGUUAUGGAGAGCUCCAUUGAGAUUGCCCAGACUGGUGGCACCUCAAACCCCAAGCCAUCUGUGGCCCCCAAACCUCGGCUCACUCCCAAGCCCUUCUCUCUGCAAAAGAACACCACCAUUCGCUCCAUCCAUGCCCCAAAGAGGAUGGCUGCAACCUCUAAGACUACAACACAGCAGACUGGAAAAUCAGAGGCCUUAGGUAUCCCCAAACCGUCUGUCUCCACCCCCGCUCAGAAACUCCCUCAACAAAUCACCACCUCUGAUUCCAAACCCAGCUCUGUAAGUGUGCUCACCAAAGAUAAACCGGAACCAACCAAAGAAAGCAAAGCAAGUCCAUAUGGAGAGGAUACUCUUGAUUCUAGUGUAGGAAAAUCUGAUCCAGCCUCACAAACCGCUCCACCCAAAGAGACACCCAAGUCUGAGCCAAUCCAGAGAGAUGAUGUCAUCCAAACAAACCUCAAAGCAUCCACUGAUAUUGUAAACUCAGGACAGAUAGACGGAAAAAAGACAGAAGACAUAACUCAGACGUCUGUCGUCCAAAUUGUUGAAGAAUCAGGUAGUGACGUUUCCUCUACAGACAAUCCAGCAUAUCGAUGGGGCAGCAGCAGGAAGCGUCUGUCCAUGAAGCUCACCUCGAAGUUUGAGUCAGCUGGCCUAUCUCUACCCCCCCAGCCAAGUGUAACCGUCUCUACAACCAGCACCAAAGAUGAUGCACACAAGCCAGAGUCUUCAGAUCCAGAGCCGAACCAGACAACAUCAGAGCCGUCAAACGAUGAAGGUGCACUAAAAGAGGAUUACAUGGGAGGAGGCAGUAUAAAACGCAGAAUCAGUCUCCUGUUUGACUCGUCAUCUAGGCCAGAGGCCAUGACAAAGAGAGAGGAGCCAGAAAUUAUAAAUGGUACAGGCGUGGUAAAGGGUGUAAAGGAGAGAAUCAAAACCUGGGCCACGGAAACGAUCCCUGAGGGUCCGAAGACUGAAAAGAAGCCUCAGGUUGCAACCCGAACUCGCUCUAAAAGCUUUGAGCCAGCAACUGCUCCAACAGCAGAGAAAACAACCAAAAUGCCGCCUGUUGAACUUCCUUCAACCGAGACAUCGGCCAGUCAGGCGCUGGAUCUUCCUUCAAAGGUGUCACCUGCUGAACAAGCCACAGAGACCCCGAUGGAAACAUCUAAAGAUGCUCUUGCUGAAGUUAAGCCACCGGAAAACUUAAGAGAAACAUUAGGAGAGCAUCUGCAGAACAAAUCAACAGAGGGGGGUGUCCAACUACGCAACCACAGCUCGUCUACGACCCACACUGCCACUGAUGAGGGAGACUCAGCUGCAAGUGAAAGUGCUCAACACGCUCCAAAGAGGAACGAUGUCAAACGCCGCUCCGUUCGCUUUGGUAUCGUAGAGAGAGAUGAUGGUGGGCCUCCAUUGAUCCUGGGCUCAGCGUCUGAUUCCAGCGAAGAAGAAGAAGAAGAAGAAGAAGAAGAAGAAGAAGAAGAAGAGGCUUCUGGGGAUGAAGCUGAGGAGGACAUCCCUGUUUCAGUGCCUGUUUACAAAAGAUUAGGCGGUCUUCAAAAGAAGGAUGAUGAUGAGGUGCAAGAGCAAGAAAAGGAACGACUGAAACAUUUGGAAUUUGAGAAAAGACGGAGAGCAAAAGAGAACGAACAGGCAGGACUCAAGUUGGAAGAGGAGCGGAAACGAAAAGAAGAAGAAAGGGAGAAAGAAAAGGCAAGGCAGAGGGAAGAGGAGGAAAGGGAGACACAGAGGAUCGAGGAAUGGGAGCGAGAAAUGUUGAAAGAAGAGGAGAGGGGAAGGAAAAGGCUGAGAGAAGAAGAGAUGGAGAGGGAAAGGCAGAUGGAGUUCAUGUGGCAGAGACAGAGAGAAGAGGAAAGAGAGAGGGCGACACAGAAAGAGGAGAGACUUAAACAAGACCAGGAGGAGAGGGAAAAAGAGAGAAUGAAGGAGGAGGCGAGGAAAGAGGAGAGACUAAGGGAGGAAAGAGAAAGACAAAGGCCGAGAGAGGAGGAGGAGAGAUUGAUUCACGGCCACGAGGAAUACAGAUUGGAGGGAAAACUGAGAGAGAAGGAAAUUAAUAAAAAGAAACAAAGAGAGGAGGAGUGGGAAAAAGCGUGGGUGAACAAGACGGAGAGGCAGAGAGGAGAAGAAGGAGAGAGGGAAAGAGAGAAAGAGUUGGAGUUGAUGUGGCAGAGACAGAAAGAGGAGGACAGGGAGAGGGCAAGACAGAAAGAAGAGAGACUCAGACAAGAGGAGAGGGAGAAAGAAAGAUUAAGAAUGGAGACGGAGGAAAGAGAAAGGGAGAGGCAAAGGAUGCUGAAAGAGCAGCAAGAAAUAAAAGAGAUGGAGAGAAUGAGGCAAAUAGAGAUGGAGAGACAGAAAGAGGAGGACAGGGAGAGGGCGAGACAGAAAGAAGAGAGACUCAGACAAGAGGAGAGGGAGAAAGAAAGAUUAAGAAUGGAGGCGGAGGAAAGAGAAAGGGAGAGGCAAAGGAUGCUGAAAGAGCAGCAAGAAAUAAAAGAGAUGGAGAGAAUGAGGCAAAUAGAGAUGGAGAGACAGAAAGAGGAGGACAGGGAGAGGGCGAGACAGAAAGAAGAGAGACUCAGACAAGAGGAGAGGGAGAAAGAAAGAUUAAGAAUGGAGGCGGAGGAAAGAGAAAGGGAGAGGCAAAGGACGCUGAAAGAGCAGCAAGAAAUAAAAGAGAUGGAGAGAAUGAGGCAAAUAGAGAUGGAGAGACAGAAAGGGGAGGACAGGGAGAGGGCAAGACAGAAAGAAGAGAGACUCAGACAAGAGGAGAAGGAGAAAGAAAGAGUAAGAAUGGAGGCGGAGGAAAGAGAAAGGGAGAGGCAAAGGAUGCUGAAAGAGCAGGAAAAAAAAGAAGAGUUGGAGAGAAUGAGGCAAAUAGAGAUGGAGAGACAACGAGAGGAAGGAAGAAGGGAAGAGGAAAGAAAGAGACUGAUAGAGAAAGAAAGAGUGGAGGAGCUGGAGAGAAAAAUGCGAGAGGAAUUGGACAGAAAGCGAGCACAACAACUGGAAGAAGAGCUACGAAUGGAGGACGAGAGAAAGAGGGACGAACGAGAGAGCGCGGGGCCAAAUUUAAUUAGCUUUGACUCUGAAGAUGUGCCUCAAAAGUCAGAAUUGGCAUAUUCCCCCUUAGUGAAAGCCUAUGAGACGGGUGAGAGUCAGGUGGAAGUUGUUUACGAUGACUUCUCUGUCAGACCGCCUCUGUUGAAGGUGGAUUUUGACGACUUUUCAGUCAAACCGAAGAGAUGGGGCUCGCAGGCUAAAGUGGAAACUAGUCCGCUCAUCCAGACUUGGCCAGCUGUCUCUGUGGAUAAAGAGGAAGUUGAAGUGCUGGUACCCCUGGAUGUCAGUCCUCUGGAAAAUAAAGUGCCAGAGCAGGUGGAAAAACCAGGCAGCCCAAAGCCUACAUUAGCCCAGGAAAGACCAGAGGAGGAACAGCUCAUCUCCAUGGAAGUGGGGGAGGAGGAGGAGGAGGAGGAGGAGGAGGAGGAGGAGGAGGAGGAGGAGGAGGAGACGCAGAGGGAGGAAGAGAAGGAGACAAUGGAAGAUGAAGUGGACGAAGAAGACGAGCAGGAGGCACCAGUUAACAGCACAAACGAUGAAGACACUGAUGCAUUGAUAGACGAUGAGCCAGACCCGCAGAAUGAGGCCUGUGAACAGACAUCUGAAAUUGACAGCCCAAUGCCCGUCCCUGACCAGGUUCCUGAAGUCCCCUCUGAAGACGUUGAUACCACGGAUUUUUCCAGAGAGCCUGAGCUGGCUCCAUUUCCGGAGAGCUCCACUCCUCUCCUCGACACCAGCGUGCAGAAAUCGAAGGCAGAUCUGGGUAGGAGGCGAACUCGAACGCAUCAGUCACGCUCGCUUCGUGGAGGUUUGGCUCCAAAAGAAAGCCCAGACUGGAGGACCCGUGACUCCACAGAUGAAAAAGAGGCAUCUUCUAAGCAAAGGGAGUCAGACUCUGACGAGGAGCAGCCUAAACCGAAGAUAGUCUGUUCUCCUCCUCCCACCUCUCAGAGAGUCCCCAUGUUCCCUGGAUUGAGCCCUGCAGCCUUGAUUGCUCAGUUAAAAAAGAGAACAGGUGGAGGUGAAACCAGAGGAAGAGAGGAACCAGAAGAAGACAAGGGAAGAGAAGAGAAGGAAAGUCAAAAUGAGGAAGCGGCACCAUCUCCCUCACAGCGGUCCCGCUCUACUCGCUCUGCUGCUCAUCUGGCAGGGGCUGCACGAGUGCUGCCACCCUUAGGCGGCACGGAUGCAGGUGUCGUCUCCUCUCCCGCUUGGCUGAAAGAACUGAAGUCUAAGAAGCGCCUGAGUCAGUAUGACAGCGAGGCUUAGCCAGACACAGGAGACACAGUGCCAUUGCUGUUCAGCAAGAAUCAAUCCAUCUCAGCUGCUGCUUGCUGACGGCAGACACCUUGCCACGAUUGCUCCAUUUUCCACUUUGAGUGCCUUAUUUUGGACAUUUACUGAUAUAUUCAGGGGGAAUUCAUGGUUUUUGCUGACCGUAGAGGCCAUCAGGAACUUUUCUAGCUUGUAAAUGAAAUAUGGUGCCAAGGCUAUGUGCCAAGACUGCGAUGUGUUAAUGCCAAGUACAUGUUUUUCUACUGCUGUACAGAGGUUCAGUUGAGGGGGAAUACCCCCAAUGUAAUUUAGAGCAAAGCCAUGGACUGUCUUAUUGUUUGAAUGUGUUAGUCCAUCAUAUACUGAUGACACUAGGCCUUCACACAUACACACAAACACACAUAUGUACAGAAAAUACUGAAUAUAAAUAAUGGAUUGCAUAUUGUGUGUAUUUGUAGUUUAAGUUGUACAAAAUGCCUUUUACAUUAUCUUUCCAAUCACAGAUCGUCUCGAGUAAACCUAUAAGCACUUUAAGAAAAAUGAUAACAAAUUACCAUCCAUACAGUACAUCUACAAUAGAAUAGUCAAGUAAAUAACUGUAGUAACAUAGUCAAGGGAAUUUUUGUUUUUUUUGUUACACUAUGAAUGUCUGUCUUUCCAGUUCCACAAAACGUAAAAAUGCACUUCCUGGUUUUUAUUAAAACGCCCAGUAGCUGGUGAGAACCAUGGAUGUAUUAACGGGUCAGAACAUCACCAGUGAGCUGGGAGGAAAUUUUGAGCAUGCUGUUAACACAAUCAGGAAGUUUGUUUUGUAAAAUGUUAAACCCAGAAAAUGCAAUAAUCUGCUCUAGAUGCUUUUAUGUGCCUUUUUAAUGUUGAAGAGUGACUGUCAUCAAUGCUGUAAUCAUUUAUGAUAUCAAGUACAAUAAGAGGAAAUUGAGGGAAUUUUAUUAAAACCUUUUCUAUGAAA